AGACAGGAGAGAGAAUUUAAAAGUGAGUCAACAAGAGGGACUUGAAGUUAACCACUAAAGAUCCAUCCAUCACUGAUACCGUGGGUUACGGUAAAAAAUAAUAAUACUUUUUUUUUUACAGCAGUGUGGAGGAUAAAUGUCACUAACUAGUUUAGCGCAACUAUUAUUUGACUGUGGCACAGUGGAAAGAGCAUAAAAUAUGGCGCUUUGAUUUAUGUCUCUGAAAACUCUCCAAGUGCUUAUGCAUUUUCUCCCAGUGCUGCUGUUGUGGAAUAGAGAGAAUAGAAAUCACUGAGCCAAACCAUUUAAGCCAAAUCUUUGGCUCAAGGUACAAUUGCAAAUGCUGUGGCUCGACUGUAUUAACUGUUUCUUUGCCAAAUGAAGCAAACAUUAAGGAAUACAAAUUAAAAUCUGCAAAGAAGUUCAUUACAAAAAACAACUUAUCAUUCAAUUGAAAUAGUCAAGACUAAGAUUAUAGUAGUACAAAAAAAGUACUUUAUGGCAACAUCUGCAAAACGCCACUGUAUUUUAUGUGCCUUUUAGGGGCCUUAAUCAAUCAAUCAAACUUUAUUUCUAUAGCACCUUCCAACAACCCAAACUGAACCAAAGUGCUGUACCUUAAGAAGGGGGAGAACACUCCUUCCUUCCUUCAUUCAUUCAUACUGUGCUGUUGUUUGCUCCCCCAGUGACAAUGAGAUACUCAGUCUGUACAUGCCAGAUACGGGCUCAACCUAGGUGACCAAUGCUCUCGUUGCAUUAGGUUUAGGUCACCAGGUGAAAAUGCCAAGCACCCAUGUGGUGGUAUCCUGAUUUCAACAAAGAUCUGCAAGAUUUAAUAGUCAAGUUUAGUGUUGUGGGUUGUCUUGAAUUGGUCCAACAGAGGAAUUUAAUUUGAAAGAAAAAAAAAGGAGAAAAAAAAUUGUACAAGGUUGAAGUAAUCUGUUUUAUAACUUAGAAUGUUAUAAAAUGUUACAAGCAAUUUGCAUGUGAACGGUGGUGUUGACAGCACCAGCGCUGCCUGACAGAUGAACUGACUGUUGAGAUUACUCAGUGCCUUUGAGAGUGAAUCAGUGAAAAAAUAAGAACAAAGUCUACAUAUUUGAUUUGUCCAAUUUUUCUUUAUCCAGUCAAAUAGCUAGCAUUAUAAUCAGCAGCACAAAUCUCAAUCAAUACUUGGAUAGGGACCAGAUUGUGAAGCCCCUAGAGACAAAUGUGUGAUUUUGGGAUACAUAAAUAAAAUUGACUUGACCUGAUCAACAUGUAGGUUGUGAAUACCUGCCUUUGCAGCAAAAACAGUGUGCUAUCUAUCCAUUAUAGGAUGAAAAAGUAUGAACCUGGCCAUCAAAAGCUGAAGGUUUUUUUCCUAAGAGCUAGACACCGAGACCUUAUUCAUGGUAAGUUUUGAAAUCGAUAGGGGACUACGGUAGCUUGAGGCAUAACUUGAGAAAACUUGGCUUUUUCAAAUAGUUUAAAGCCUUUUCAACCUUUUUAAAGUAAAAGGCUAAUUACCUUCAACGACCAGCAAAAUGGAAGAACUCAGAUGGAAAGAAGAAAUCAAUAUCCAGCAUUUGUUUAGUCUGAAAAGGCAGUGAAGCAAUGACGUCUGUAUUUCAAGCCAAACUUAAAUAUCCUCUUAAUAUAUGUGGUGGACUUAAAAACCUCAGAAUGAACUUAAAUACUUUUGAAAAUCGAAGAGAUGAGAAGAGAAGAGGCAAUAAAUAUAUUUAUGUAAGAAGCUAAUUACAUGUAACACUUACAAAGGCUUGCAAACACAUUUGAAUCUAACAAAAUCCAUUAUUAAUUCUUUGGAAAAGGACAACCAGCUCGUCCACCAUGACCUGAAGACAAUGAACCCUUCAGUGUCACUGCUGUACUCAGACCCCUGUAUAAAAUAUAUGCUUUAAGACUGGUCAUACAUGCCAAAUUAUUAUAAGAAAUAUUUACUUAAAGAUUACAAAAGAGGCCUUUACUCAACUGGUUAAUGUACUGUAUGACCACAUGUGCAUGCCUCACAUUUAUUAUGGUGUGAAUGGCAGUGGCUGUUUCAGCUGCAACUUAAUAACUCCCUCUGUCUGUCUACAGGUCCCAGGCGAUGCCCUAGGAAGUAACGCACACAUUGAAAGGUAAGCGAAAGAAGCAGGAAUACAACUUCACUAAACAAUUAUAGAUGGAUUUUGUCACAUGAAAUGUGACUCUGGCAGUUACUAAUGCACUCACACUGUAAGAGAGCAGAUCUCAUUAGGAUGCUUCCUGUCGGUUACAACCAGUCACCCAAAUACAUGAUGAAAGUACCUGGACAAUGUUGUAUUAAACAAGCCAAGAGGCUGCAUGGCUUUUAUAGUUAACACUUAAACCCAAUUAAAAAUUAACCAAUGUCUGGCAAAGGGAAAACAAGUAGCAACAAGGGAACUCGUUUUUUUAAUUAUGGAUUUUUUUAUAACAAUACUACCUAAAGCUAUUAAAAGUUUCACAAGUGCAAUAACUCAAACUGCUGUAGCAAUCAGCAAAGUGUGCAAAAUGUGUAGAUCUGACAACUAAGGUUGCAAUCUGAGCCAGCAUGAUUGGAUAUUAUUCAAAAAAUGUGCCUGUGUGGCAUGCAUUUGAUGUGAUGUGAGCAGUAGUCAGCCUACUGCUGGCUGCACACCUUCAGCCAUUUGCUGCAUCAUUAAAAAAAUAAUAAUAAAAAAAAUAAUAAUCAAAAUAAUCAAACAAUCAAAAGUCUUUUGUAAGAAAAUGAGAAAGACAGUGGAGGUUGGCUGGCUGAACUCGGAUUUUCACAGUAAUCACAGUGAGUCAGCUUAAAGUCUGGUUGUUUACACUAGCUGUCACAAAUUAGAAAUGCACUUGCUUCCUUCUGACAGUUACAGUAUAAGACCACUCCUGGGAUUGAAUGUAAUAAACCCAUUUGAAAAGGGUGACCAAAAGAAGACCAUACAGGACAGAUUAUUUUAUGGGGGUAUUGGCACCUGAAGUAAAUUAGGGAGCGUGUUUCAGCUAAAACAUCUGGUCUACUGACUGUUCCUGACUGGGAGACCCAAGGGUAAACAGAUCCAAGUUGGGGGUUACUGGCUAUAUUUCUCACAUUUUCAUGUGAAGAGAAUAAUCACUCAUCAUCUGGUUAGUGUAAACUCCAGGAAUCGUUGAUUUCUACGUCUUUUAAUGUGUUGCAUCUGCUUUAAAAAGCAAAACAAUGAGUGCACACAUAGAAAACACAUUUUGACUUAGUGAGACAGGGAGAUCAAAGGAAAAAAUAAAUAUGGUCUAAGUUUCAAACUUAAUUAUCUAGAAAAUAGGAUUGUAUUUAAAUUACUUCCUCAGCCUCGAAAUGUGAGCUUAUGGAGGACAAAAUGAAAAAGCUACGUGGUACUAGUACAAUUUUUGAGCACCUUACACCCCCCCCAACCACCCACCCACACACAUACACAAGGCUUCACCCCAUACACCACUACUAUAUCCCCCACCGCUGCUUGCUUCAAAUGGAGGAGAGAACAGAAAGUGACAAAUAUAAACAGUGGGACGGCUGUGUUGAGGGAAAUUACCUCCCAGAACCACUGGCAUGUUGCCAGCAUGAAGACAUUCAUCUGUUUUGUACAGAGUCUGACUCAUAGGCAAGACAGACGGGAGGGAGGGGGAAGAAUGAGAGAGCGAACAAGACGGGAGAGAGUGCAAGCUGAUCACAGGCUAUGAACAAGAGACAGCGAGUGGGAAUGGGAGAGAGGCAGAGGAGCCACAACAUCUGAAAGUUUUAAACCUGUGAUCGCAGUAGGUGAUGCGAAGCAAGACUGGGGGUUCCUCCAACAUGUGGAAGAAAAACAAAUUCCACAUCACGGACUGCUUCAGACAGAGACAGAUUUAGGUUUUGCCCGCUGAGGGAGAGCAUUCUCUGUCACGUUCUUGUUUGGGGAGGGUGGAAAUAUAAAGAUGAGAUAGGGGAGUUUAAAAAAAAAAAAAAAAGAUAUUAAACUAAGAGGUGUUCAAAGAUUGAAAUGCACUUGGAGUUAAAGUUAAGACGUAGUGGCUUGGAAAACUACUCCAAGAGUUGAAACAUCAACGAGGAACUUAAAUGUACAACAGACGUUACCUUCAGGAGCAGACCUGUUUGUUCUUUUAAGUGGGCGCAGUGGAUGACAAGUGCAUCAACUGCCUGGGAAAGUGAGGACCCCUGCUAACAUUUCACUGGAAGUACUAAUCGUAUUGGGAUUAUUGCCAGCAUUGGAGUUUGUAGUGUUUUUUUUGUCCCCUCGGAGCAGUGGAUCCUUGACCAAUUGUCAGCUAUUCCUUUUGGUUUGUACACUGCACAAGGGAUGAAGCAUCCUGUGCACUGAGCCUGAGCUGUCCCACCCUACCCUGUGUCCUUGACUGUGGGACCCAGUGACCAUGCUGACCGAGUUUCCAACACCAGAAAGAUUAGAGCCCGGACCCACGCUAAGGCCUGCUGUAACCUCUGCAGCAUCAUGUCUCAAGCAGUCGCGGCUCCACUCGAGGCGAACAGCUCACAGUCAGGAGAAGCGCCUGGGGUUCAGCUGAAAUGGGCUGCCCUGCUUAUUGUCACAGUUAUCAUCCCCACUAUUGGAGGAAACAUCCUAGUUAUUCUUGCAGUGUCACUCGAAAGGAAGCUGCAGAACGCCACCAACUACUUUCUGAUGUCGCUUGCUGUGGCUGAUCUGUUGGUGGGACUCCUAGUGAUGCCCAUUGCCCUCAUCACUGUUCUCUACAACUCUGACUGGCCUCUUCCAGAGCCCCUCUGUCCCAUUUGGCUGUUCCUUGAUGUGCUGUUUUCUACUGCAUCCAUCAUGCACCUAUGCGCCAUUUCAUUGGAUCGCUACAUUGCCAUCAAGAAGCCAAUCCAACACAGCCAGUACAAAUCCAGAGCCAAAGCAAUGGUGAAGAUUGCACUGGUGUGGCUCAUAUCCAUUUGUAUCGCAAUCCCAAUUCCAAUUAAGGGGCUUAAGAGCUACCAUCUUCCCAACAACAUCACCUUUAACAGUAACCACACAUGCCUGCUGAAAACAGACACCUUCCGGGAGUUUAUCAUGUUUGGCUCUUUGGUAGCAUUCUUCAUCCCUCUGACCAUCAUGUUGGUCAUCUACCUACUUACUGUCCAGGUGUUGCGCAAAAAGGUUUAUUUGCUCAGGUCAAAGGUGACUCAGCGCUUUGGCUACCCAACAUUCUCCACAGUUUUUCAAAGGGAACAGACUGUAACUUCACCUCAAGUUGACCAACUGAACAUGCUUGACAGCAGACUUCCCAGGAUGCAAGAAAAAUCAAAUGCGGGCACAACAAACUCUCCUACAGGAGAUGAAAUGUCCUUUCGGAGAAUGUCAACAAUGGGCAAGAAGUCAAUGCAGACUCUGAGCAAUGAGCAGCGCGCCUCAAAAGUGCUAGGCAUUGUCUUCCUCCUGUUCGUAGUCAUGUGGUGCCCUUUCUUCAUUACUAAUGUCACCUCUGUGCUAUGCACCAGCUGUGAUGUUCGUAUAAUUGACCGCCUUAUGGAGAUCUUUGUUUGGGUGGGUUAUGUGUCGUCAGGCAUCAACCCGUUGGUUUACACCCUAUUCAACAAAACUUUCAGGCAGGCGUUCACGCGUUACAUCACCUGUAAUUACAAAAACUGUGCUAGUCAUGGGCCAGGAAGGCACCCAAGGGCAUCAAAUGCAGAUCGGACCCUUACACGGAUUUCAUUCAGAUCUUCCAUGGCAGAAAACUCUAAACUGUUCAUGAAACGGGGAAUGAAGAAUGGCAUUGGAGCAGUUAGCUACCAAAGUCCACUGAGGUGCCGGCAAGCACCUGUACAAUCAUCCAGUGGUGUUGUGUUAGACACAAUGCUCCUGACUGAAAAUGAAGGUGGUAAGCAGGAGGAACAUGUUAGCUGUGUAUAGAGAUACCAGACAAAUUAAUCCAAUAAAAAAAAAAAAAAAAAGGGAGCACUUUUAGUGGAUCAGAUUUAUAGUGCAAACUUUUUAUCUCUUUAAAGACAAAGGCAAAGACAAAUAUUCAAAAUGCAUGAUUACAAUCUGCUGUUACUCUCAAUUUGAUUGACAAAUCAUUUAAUGUCAGUACUUACUGUACACUCCAACAACAACAAAAUCUAACCUGUUGUUGUCGGAUGCUGCUGAUGUUUGUUUAAAACAGUAAUUUUCCAUUUUUUUACAAAUCAAAAGCAAAACAAGGCAAUAUUUUCAAUUAUGAUAAUAAUAACUCCUUCAUUAUAUAUGUGACUAUAUAGGGACAAAAUAUUACACUAUGGGCCUUUAAGACAAGCCAACAAUGUGAAUUCUCAAAGAUAGCAAGACAGAGCAGAGCAGAAGAGAGUUUGAGUUUUCAAACGUUAUAAAACUGUAACCUUGAGAUGAUCUGUAACAGGUCAACUAAAAAAAAAAAAAAAAAAAGAACACAAGAGGAUAUGAAAGAUCAAAAGUCAACAAAAUUCAGGCCACCAAACAAAAUGUGAGGAAUGAAGACAUAAUGAUAACCUGGAAACUCUCUGUGAAUGCAGUAUACAAUAUAUUCCUAUGCUGAUCCUUCAACUUUGGGUCUCUUAUAUUUUGUUAAGACAACCACAACUCUUCCUUUCAAAUCUCUUCCGCAACAGACACAUUUAAUGUAUUGCACUUUUGAAAUGAUACUUAUUGUAUUUGCCGGACCUUUGGGAAGCACUCUUGUAUGUGUAUUGCAGCCUGAUGUUUUGAUAUGUUUCCAAAUAAAAGACUGUAUAUAAGAAAGAACAAAAUCCAGACUAAAUGGAAACCUAAAUGUGUUCAAUAAAAUAUUUUGUGCUAAACUGAAAGAAAACUGCACCAAUUCUGAAUAUCCAUGUAAUUUCAAUGACUACACUCUUACGCUAGUAUGAUUUUAUCAGCAAGUAAAACUGUCUUCAUGAACCGCCGUUGACCAAAGCACAACAGGACAGCCAAAUAAACAGUGUAAAUUAGACAGCCUCAAAAGAUCAGCAAAUAGCAAAUACCGGAAUAACGGCAAGUAAGGACACUUUUUCCCCCAGUCCCUUUAUGCUUAACAAUUGCAGUUUGUAGCCUUUUUGUAAGCAAGAAUACCGUAGACUUCCAAAUACAUAGUACAGUAUAAUAAUAAUAGUUUAAACAGCCUAAAUUAAACCUACUUAACAAAAUAUAGACAGUGUUUGAUCAAUGUAGCAAGAAAUAUGAGAUUUGGAUAAGGCCGCACGAGCUUGGUAUGCAAGUUUGGAGUGUGUCGUCGUUUUAUUAUUACCUAGAUCGACCCUGUCUCAUUGUUAAUGAACAGAAACUGUUGAUUUUGUAAGAAUAGCAGAGACUUAAGAUGUUUGAACUUAAAGCUGUCCUCCUUGUGUGCAAGUGUGCAUGUUGGGGGAGUAGACAGAGUUAUCCUUGAGCCAUUAGGGUGGGAAAUUGGAGAAGAGGAGGCCAACUGAAUUGUUCUGGUUCAGAAGUCUUUCUAAACACAGUGAAGAUUUACACAAAGUUUAUCUAGCGGCCAAUUGAUCACGCAGAAUAUCACAGCCUUUUUUGGGCUUAAAAAUGUACGCCCUGAUAUUUGUGCACUGGCUAGGCGCUCUGUUUAACACUGCUGGUCUCUGAUUGGUAAAUUCACGUCGGCGUAAGAGUGAUUAAUCUCUAUGAACUGCCAGGGAAGAAUAUGUGUGAGUGACAGUGACAAUUACGUCCAGCUUCCUCUGACAGAGGAAUACCUUCCAUGAAAACCAGGAAGUCAUUAUAAAUUCUAAACAACAGUGCAUCCAAAUUCUCCUAUCACACCACAGAGGAGCCGUUAAUGUCAAACUACAUCUCAUCAGCAGUACAAAUCACCAUUUGUUUUAAACAUAAAAAUGUUGGCAGUGCUUUUACAGGUCCUUAUCAAAUAAGGACAAAUGAGUUUGUUAUUAUUUUAAUAUUUUGUACAGAAAUAGUAAAAACAUUUCAGUGUCAUAUUUGCAAUACAUUUGACAACCCAGGAGAUUACACUGAAUAUUGUACAAUGGAAGUAAAUGUCUAACAGUUUUCUACAAACCUGUUUUUUCUAUUCAACAAAGAGAGCCAAACUACACAAAUGCAGUGUGCAGAUAAAUAACUGGAAUUUUGGCCAAGACCGUGAGGCUCCAAAGAGAAAGCCCUCUGGUACAUGUAGAGAAACUGAACAGUGCUCAUAGCUCAAGUAAUUCAGUGUGGC